ACCAGCCUCGAGCUAGUUCUACUCAAUUCAAACUUUUUUUCACAGAUUCUUGUUAUUGUUUCCACGAUGAACACGAGAAGGGAUAUUCGGCAAGCCCGUGAACGAUAUUAGCACGCGUUGCAUUUCGCAUGCCGCUGUCGGGACUAGUUGUGCCAUUUCUCCUGGAGUUGAAGCUGUAUUAACUAAAUUGUGACCCGAAGAAACCAGCCAGUGGCAGCCGGAGCGGACGUUGACGCUACGUGAACGUCCAGUGUGGACAACUGACAGACACCAUGUCAGGUUUAACAGAACAGAGCGUGAAUCUGGAUGAGUGGGAUAUUCUUGACCCGAGGUUUCAGCAACGUUUGGAAGAUGCUCGUACGUUGGUCAGACAAGAGAUUCAGCGGGAGCUGAAGAUCAAGGAGGCAGCUGAGAGACUGCGACGAGCAGUCACCAGUCGCAAGAACGCAGCCGACGUGGAGGGCCAACUCAAGGCCUCAACCCGCAAGCUGGAGCAGUUGCACUGGGAACUGCAGGAGCUCAAUGCAAGGUCUAUGAGCACGGAGAAAGACAGUACCACAGGGUACUUGAAAGAAGAAGACAACCAGUCAGCAGAGUCAUGUCAGUGGGAAGAGAUCACAUCACCAAUGGCCAGUCGAGUCAGAACCCUGAAGAAACAACUGACAAUGGAGACCAAAGUCAAACAGGGUGCUGAGAACAUGAUCCAGACUUACACCAAUGGCUCAGUCAAGGACAGGAAGAUGUUGUCUACAGCCCAGCAGAUGUUGCAGGACAGCCGCACCAAGAUGGAGCUGCUGCGCAUGCAGAUUAUCAAAGUCAGUCAAGCUAGAGACGGCGAGCGGGAUGGCAUACAUGGUCACCCUGUAGAGACAACCAGUCCUCUUGAGCUUCGGAUAGCUGAACUUAUGCACCACAUGAAGAUUGAAUCAGCUGUAGCUGAGGGUGCAGCAAACGUGGUGAAGCAGCUACAUAGUAACAAGAUACAGGACCGCCGUAUACUUGCUGAGGCCCAGGCACGAAUGCAAGAGUCAUCUCAAAAAGUGGAUUUGUUGCGCUUCUCCCUUGAGAGACGUUUACAUGAGCUCCCUCAGGACCAUCCAACAUACACUGCCAUUAAAGAGGAACUGAUGUUGGCAAACUCACCUACUUACAGCACACAAAAGAAACAGUCCAGUGUUCUGUCCUCUUCUUCCUGUUCCUCCUCUUCCUCUGUCUUAAAGCCAGCAAGUUUAACAGGCCGGUUAGAGGUAUGUGUUAUGGGGUGCCAAGACCUGUUGGAGUCAGUUCCAGGCCGUGGCCGUGUGACCAGUGCCUCAACCACCCCUGGGAGCUUCUCAGAUGGAAAGUCCCUUAAAAUUAGAGCUGGCCUCCCAGGACGCAGCGCCAGUGGCAAGACAACCAAGGCUGAUGAGUUGUCAUCUGAGAUAAGUGCUGUGCUGAAGGUAGACAACAGGAGAGUGGGGCGGACGCACUGGAGACAGCCUGGCAAAGAGGCCUGGGGCCAGAGCUUCAGCAUUGAACUGGAACGGUCGAGGGAGCUAGAAAUCGCUGUGUUCUGGAAAGACUGGCGGGCAUUAAGUGCGGUGAAGUUCCUGCGGUUGGAGGACUUCCUGGAUAACCAGCGACAUGGCUUGUGUCUCCAGCUGGAGCCUCAAGGCAUUCUCUUCAUUGAGGUGACAUUUAUUAAUCCUGUCAUUGAGCGGCGUUCCAAACUCCAAAGGCAGAGGAGAAUCUUCCCUAAAGAAAAAGGGAAGAACUUCCUGCGUGCUGCUCAGAUGAACAUGAACUUUGCCACUUGGGGCCGUUUGAUGAUGAGCAUCCUGCCUCCUUGCAACUCCCUGGAGCCACUGAGCCCUCCAUUAGCAGGUCCUAACACUGGCCCCACAUCAUCCAUCACUUCUCCAGUGCGAGAACAGUCUGUGGUGAAUCUGAAUUUUGCUGAAGAUUCACCAGGUAGAUCUCCACAUCGUUCAAGAAAAAAUAUGAAAGACUCUCCUCUGUCUCCUGGUGAGAACAAGAGCCCAAAGCCCAAGAGACAGCCAUCUGUUCAUCCUCGUCCACAGGAUCAAGUACUUCAAACCGAAGACUUUAAGUGGAUUUCAGUCCUGGGAAGAGGUCACUUUGGAAAGGUGCUGCUAGCAGAGUAUAAGAAGUCAGGAAAACUGUACGCCAUCAAAGCACUGAAGAAGGGAGACAUCGUGACACGUGACGAAGUCGACAGCCUCACGUGUGAAAAGAGGAUAUUUGAAGUGAUCAACGCCUCACGACAUCCUUUCCUGGUGAACCUGCAUGGCUGCUUCCAGACUUCAGACCACGUGUGCUUUGUGAUGGCCUACUCACCUGGAGGAGAUCUCAUGACGCACAUUCACACCAACAUCUUCACCGAGAAACAGACCCAAUUUUACUCCUCUUGUGUGCUGCUGGGUCUGGAGUUUCUUCACCAAAACAAAAUAGUUUACAGGGAUCUGAAGUUGGAUAAUCUGCUAAUGGAUGCAGAUGGCUUUGUAAGAAUAGCAGAUUUUGGCUUGUGCAAAGAAGGAAUGGGCCAUGGGGAUCGCACAUCAACAUUCUGUGGCACACCAGAGUUUCUGGCUCCAGAGGUGUUGACAGACAACAACUACACCCGCAGUGUGGACUGGUGGGGCCUGGGAGUCCUCAUCUAUGAGAUGAUGGUGGGGGAGUCUCCUUUCCCAGGUGAUAAUGAGGAAGAAGUGUUUGACAGCAUUGUCAACGAAGAAGUGCGCUACCCUCGCUUCCUCUCUCCUGAGUCUACGUCCCUUAUUCAAAAGCUGCUGCAGAAGGAUCCUGAAAAGAGACUCGGAGCAGGACGCGAGGAUGCAUUGGAGAUCAAAAGGCAGAAAUUCUUUCAGGGAAUGGACUGGGACGCUCUCCUGGCUAAGGAGGUGAAGCCUCCCUUCCUGCCCGUCAUUAGAGCACCACAUGAUGUCAGCAACUUUGAUGAGGAGUUCACUCAUCUCAAACCAGUCCUCAGCCUCCCACGUACACCCUGCAUCCUCACUGCUGAACAACAAGAAAUCUUUGCUGACUUUGACUUCUCUUUGAUGAGUUGACCAAAAGGAUUCCGUCUCUGCCUGAAAAACAUUACAGUCCUGCCUUUUCCAUUGACACAUCAUCUCUCUGUUUUACUGCAGCAUAUUACCAAGUCAUACAAAUACUGCUCUGCCAAGGAAUAUCUGCCAUUUACUUUUUAACACACUGUGCCUUUGUCAAAUGGAUAUUGAAGUGUUGAAUGCCGCUUGUCACCAAGCAGGAGACGUCUUUCCAUCAGGUGAUUUUUAUAACUGAAUGUCAUCAUGCUCCUCUCACUCCAAAGUAGCACCUUGUAAAUAUUUGAUCUUAAAGAAAUGUUUUUUGUUUAUGUGUAAUGUUGGAAUGUAAAAUGUUGAAAAUACCCGAAUCCUUAUUUUCACAGUUAAUAUCAGAAUAUCUGAAAUUAUGCGAUCAUGAAAAUUCUUCUUGAAUAGAACAAACCAGCCCAUGUGCAAUGUGUAAGCUACAUGAAGGUAAAUCUUAAUGAAUAAAUUUAUAAUUGCUGGCCAGGAAACUCUUGAAACAUUUAUUCACUGAUGUAUACAGUAUUUUCAAAACGGUAAAAAACAUUGCAUGACAGUAUUGCAUAUAAUUCUGAAGUACACAUUACAACAUUAUAAAACCAGAGCUCUAACUGAGGACUCAGUCUAAUUGUCCACCACAACUGUAGUAUACUGAAAUCACCAUCACAUUUAUUGCUGUCUUACAGGGUUACUAUUGCACAGGGGAAAGCUCAAAUGGAAAUGGACCAAAGUAUUGCACUCAAAUCUGCCUACUUACUCUUAGUGUUCCACAGAGUUCUUCCAGUCACACAGUUAAAACAGUCAUACAAAACUCUAAAGACAUUUUCUGGUUCAAAAUAGUUUAAAAAAAUAUGUACAAUAUAAAAUAGCUUGAAACGCUGUCCACUGAAAUUAAAAACAUUUCAUACACCAUUGGUUAAAUGGUGUAAAUAAUACAGAUAUCAAACUCUCACUUGGACUAAUUUGAGACAAAAGCUGCUGAAGCAAGUUGACCCUGUCAAACCUCACAGUAAAUAAUUUAUCACAUAACACAAUGACAUAAUGAAAUGGAAAAAGGUGCAAUUUUUGUGAAUCAGGAUCUGAUGGGAACCAUGUCCACCACAGAAACAUCUGGAUUGUCUACACGUGCUAAUGCUAUGUCUGACUCACAUUGUAAACUCCAGAACUCCGUAACAGUCCAUCAGUCAUGAUUAAAGGUGAGACAAGGAGUUUCAAUCAUGUAACUACUCUUCACAUAAAUGAUUGAGUAGAGGGUCAAGUGAGAUGCAGGGAGUCUUGAGGACUUGGUGAAUGACUUCAUUCAGGGCUGCAACAUGGGUAUGGAUGACGUGGACAUUUUUCUGGUGUAAACAAUUGUUAGAAUUCAGAGAAAUGCUGAUUAAUAGGAUCAGGUGGCUCAUUCGGGGGACACACAAACACAUGCAAAUCUCUUAAGAGUCAUUAGUUGGGAA